AAUCAGUAAGUGCAUGAAGAAGUGUUUAAUUGCUCAGAAAACUCGUGCCGGAGUUGGGCAAAUUGUAUUCAUGAAUAAUAAAUAAUGAUUCGCAAGAUUGUUCGAUCUAGGGACAUCAAGAAACUCAAAAUGGGUAACUCCAGCAUAGACGAAUCAAGAAUGAGGUUGUUCUUCCUGAGUUGUUUCCUGCUCAUUUGCAGCGUUAACGGCUUUACGUUGCCAGAUAUGAUAGAAAACAUCACAUCUGCUGCCGAGAAUAUCCAAAAUGUCACAGAUGCUGUCCAGGACGCAACAUCGAAUAUGGACUUCGAUGUAACCCUAUCAGUGUUUGACGACGACGGAAAUAUUGUCAAGUUAAACUUCAGUACAGAUUAUACAGAGAUCGAAAACCGAUUUAACAGGGGCUUGGAGGACAGUGUACUAUUUUACUUGUACACAAGAUUAACGCGGAAUAAUCCUGAGCGUUUGUACGUCAACAACGUCAAUGCAUUGAGAGGAAGUCAUUUCGCGGCGUGGAAACCAACAAAAAUUGUCACGCAUGGGUGGAUGAACUCCUACCUGGCCAAAUCUGUCACCUUGGUUCGAGAUGCUUUCCUGCAACACGGUGACUACAAUGUCAUCGCGGUGGACUGGGGCACAAUAGCAAAGACGCCAUAUAUUUGGGCCAGUAAUCGAGUCUUGGCGGUUGCCAAGUAUAUCUCUUCCAUGAUCGAUUUCCUCGAGACGCAAGGAAUGGAUGCAUCCCAGUUGACAACAGUCGGCCACUCUUUGGGCGGUCAUAUCGCCGGAUUGUCGGCCCUGAAUGCAAAAAGCCAACCGAAAUACGUAGUCGGUUUGGAUCCAGCUCUUCCAAACUUCUGGACUGCCGAUUCGGGCAGAAGGAUUUCCCGCGGCGACGGAAAAUACGUGCUGAUUAUCCACACGAACGCUGGUCUUCUCGGGUACAAGGCUCCGAUCGGUGACAUCGACUUUUAUCCAAACGGCGGAAACACGCAGACCGGAUGCGACCUCGAUGUCGUGGGCGCGUGUUCGCACUCUCGCGCCAUCUAUUACUUCGCAGAGUCCAUCAACAGCGUCUCAGGUUUUUGGGGAGUGCGUUGCAACGACCAUAAGAUAUUCAAAGCAGACAACUGCUUGUUGGGGUCCAGAGUUCUCAUGGGUGGAAUUGAACCGAACAUACACGCUACCGGCGUCUACUAUUUGGAAACGGCUAGAACGCCCCCAUUUGCUAUAAGACUUGCAGAUCAUUCAUUGCUGUCAAACUUCCAAACAGUAUGUGUCUUUAAAUUGCAAAUUCUGGUGGCUGAAAUGCUACUUGGAGAAGCCAGAAAAUUUCCCUUUCUUCAUUGGUGCACUGUUACUUCACCAUUUCGCACUCAACACUGUGGUCUUCACAUCUCAGGAUAUUGCGUGAUUUCUGGCUGCUGCGUGGUCGUUCUCUUGAUCGUCUGGUGCGGCGAGUCGUCCUCGUGCCUUGCGCUGCUGAAGUCAUCGAGCGUAUAUGCUGCUGUCCUACCUGUGGUCCCACUAUGCGGUGCUAUUGCUGUUGUUGCUCCGAAUCCUGCCAAUCUGUGUCCUCCUGGAGACGACGGCCUUGUCAGUUGUAUAAAAGAAGAUCAGAUAGGUACCACCAGCAUAAUAAACUCAAGAAACAUGAAGGCACAAUUAUUGGCUAGUUUGCUGAUCAUUUGUAGUAUCAGUGGCUCGUACGGAGAACCAGCAGUCUAUGAUGACGACGGCAAUCUUGUUCCACUAAAUGAUACCGGAGACACAACUGAAAUAAAUACAACUGAAAUAAAUACAACUGCAGAAAAUCCUGAGCUCUUGUAUCUCCAUGAUGUCGAUGCAUUAAAAAAAAGUAAUUUUUCAACAUCGAAACAAACGAAAAUGAUCACACAUGGAUGGAUGAACUCUUACAAAACCUCGCAAAUUGUCACACUAAGGGAUGCUUUCCUUCAAAAGGGAGACUACAACGUCAUCGUGAUAGACUGGAGUAAACUAUCGAAGACGAUAUACCCUUAUGCUGUUAAACAAGUAAUAACAGUCGGCAAAUAUGUCUCUUCUAUGAUCGAUUUCCUCCAGAAACAAGGAAUGGAUGUAUCUCGGUUGACAAUAGCCGGUCAUUCUCUGGGUGCUCACAUUGCCGGAUUGGCGGGCCAUUACGCGAAAAGCAAAGUGAAAUACAUUGUCGGCUUGGAUCCAGCGCUACCAAGGCUUGACAAUACUGAGCCAGGUGAAAGGAUUGCCCGUGGCGAUGCAGAGUAUGUAAUGAUUAUCCAUACAAAUGCAGGUCUUCUUGGUUACGUAAAACCAAUCGGUGAUAUCGACUUUUAUCCUAACGGUGGCUCCAAUCAAAAGGGUUGUAUGCUUGAUUUGGCUGGAGCGUGUUCCCAUUAUCGUGCGGUUCUUUACUACGCAGAGUCAAUUAAUAGUCAAACAGGCUUUUGGGGAAGGCUUUGCGAUAGCUACGAAAAUUACAAAGAAGGUGACUGCAAUUCGGAGCCCCAAACUCCUAUGGGCGGCAUUGUGCCAAACCUCAGAGCCUUUGGCUCGUACUACUUGGAGACGUCUGGACGGUCUCCAUAUGCUUUAGGACAUUCUUUCCUCGAAAACGGAGACUACAACGUCAUCUUGAUAGACUGGAGUAGAAUAUCGAAAACGCCAUACUCGUAUGCCUCUCAUCAAGUAAUAACAGUCGGCAAAUAUGUCUCUUCUAUGAUCGAUUUCCUCCAGGAACAAGGAAUGGAUGUAUCUCAGUUGACAAUAGCCGGUCAUUCUUUGGGUGGUCACGUUGCCGGAUUGGCGGGUCAUUAUGCAAACAGCACAGUGAAUUACAUUGUCGGUUUGGAUCCGGCUCUUCCAAAUUUCCAGUUUGCUAAGCCAGGCAGUAGAAUUUCCGCCAGCGAUGCCCAGUAUGUAACGAUAAUCCAUACAAAUGCAGGUUUUCUGGGUUUCGAAACUGAAAUCGGUGACAGCGAUUUUUACCCCAACGGCGGCAGUGCGCAAAUUGGCUGUGCGCCUGAUAUACUUGGCGCUUGUUCCCAUUAUCGCUCGUGUCUUUAUUUCGCGGAGGCCAUUAAUAGUGAAAAAGGCUUCUGGGGAACGCUUUGCAACAACUUUACUAAUUACAUUCAGGGCUUGUGCACUUCGGAUCCUGAAGGACCUAUGGGCACCGUCGAUCCACUCUUCAACGUCAUUGGCAUGUACUAUUUAGAGACGGCUACAAAAUAUCCGUAUGCUUUAGGACACAGAACAUUCUAUUUCUAA